AUGGAGUCUGGUCCUUCUAGUCCUGUACAACUAUAUCAACAAAAUACGCAUUGUUCCCAAUCGAUAUGGGAUAGUUCUUCUACCGUAGUUUUGAGUUGUCAAAGAAGGGAUACAUUUGCACAACAUACUAUCCCAUUUGAUCAACGUAUUAUUCCCUACGUUGAACAUGCAGGUUUUCUUGGGGUUGCACAAAUCGGAUUUAUCCAACUUGAUUGGCACCUCAUUACUGCUCUAGUUGAGCGUUGGAGACCAGAAACCCACACAUUUCACCUGCCUUGUGAGGAAUGUACAAUUACACUGCACGAUGUUGCCAUACAGUUUGGGUUACGAGUGGAUAGGCAACCAUUGACAGGUUCACUACAAUAUAAUUGGAAGAAUGUUUGUGAAGAGCUCCUAGGCGUUCUACCAGAUGAUCUGAAAGGCUCAAGAUUGAGUAUCCUCUAG